GUCGACUUGGAUUCUCUUACUCAGGCUAUUGAGCAGCUCCAUCUGGCUACUGGAUCCCUUGCCCGGGCCGUGCGACGGUCCCCUGCCUCCAGCUCCGACGGCUGGGUGGUUGUCAGGUCCAGGUUUUACGUGGUCUUGCGGAACGGCCGAGGAGGUGAGCCGGCCUGCUACCAUAGCUUCGCCAGUUUCAAGAGGGACGUGGGCUCGCUCCAGGGCUCAGACACCGUGUGCCACGGCAAGGAGGAGGAUGGGAGCGAGGUGCCAGUGGAUUCUCCUUUGCAGGUGUUGGUGGUGGACUUUGCCACUUCAGCCGCCUCCUUCCUAGAGCCCUACGACCCAGUUUUUCCUCAUGGACCUCAGCUGGUGUCCCUGUGCAAAGGCUGGCUUCGCACCAAACCUGCCGACCGGCUCGCUUUUUACACUGCCCCAGAGGAGGAGGAAGCGCUGCUAGAGGAGCUGGCCGACCAGCUGGGGUCAAUCAGCCAGCUCCUGCCCACCAUCACCAGCCAGCUGAAAGAGAUCUCGGAGAAGCAGCGUGCUUUGGAGGAGAAGGUGGAGAAGAGGCCGGCCGAGCCCGCUUUGGCUCCCCACCACAGGCCGUUCGUGUUUCCCACUGCAAAGGCAGGCGCAGGUGUUUCAGGCGUUGGGGCCUUGGCCUCCCAGGUGGGCCCUCCCCCCACAACCAGACCAGCACAGGCUGCCAUGCCCGCCCUCGUCGAAGACGCGCCUCAGCAGGACCUGUUGGAGCUAGGGGACCCCGCCCUCGAGGGUCAAGGCGACGGCUCAGCAACCUCUGCCCUGACACAGCAGACCCAGGCCUUAACCCAGCUGGUGGCCCACCUGAUCCAGAACUUCGAGGGAGGAGCCGAUUUCGGGGCGGCCAGGGUAUGCAGGGCCUCUCCUCGAAGGGCAGUGCAAAAAGGGAGCGCCUUCUUGCGGAGCUGGCCGAGAAGAACGGCUCUUUCAUGCUGGCUGUGGCGCAGCAGGGGGUACCGCCGAAUGUUCCCGUCGGAGAGCGUCCACCGGACCUUGGAGGAGUUUCGUGUCGAGCCCCGCCGGUUCACGUUCGGGCAAUACGUGGAGAGGUACGGGGGCUACGGGUCCCAAAGAGAGCUCGGCCUAACCAUGCAUAUGACGACUCAGAUUGCCGACGUCCUCCUCGCAGGGGAGACAGAGGCGCUCCUUAGCCUACCUUUCGCUCCUGUGGCCGCCUCGCGAGAGCCCG